AUGGCAACCGACUCCGUCGUACUUGGAAUGCAGAAAGCUCUGUCACUCUGGCACUCCUACCGGGGAUACAUUCUUGUGGUUUUGCCCGCCGCUCUUUUCAUUUCGCGAUUAUUACCACACAGAUAUGAUGUCGAUGAUGCAUUGCGAUCGAACACUGUGCCAAAGGUAAAACCAUCGAUUGAGUCAAAGCCACCUUGUCCACCAAACACCGAAGAAAGGACAGCUUCACCAGACUUUGUUCAAAGACCGGCGCAUAAAACUGAACCAAAACGGGUGGUUGGUGCAAGGCCAGCCAAGGAUAAGACACGUUCGGAUGAUGGAGGCUUGAGCACUCCCAAAACCAUAUCUAUUCAGCCUAUUAUCUUUUUCUCUUCACUUACGGGGACUACCGCGCACCACGCUAAGCGGGCACAUGAAAGGUUCAAAGAUUAUUGCCAAAAUAUUUCUAGUGACGCUUCGAAACUGCUGAGUCCGCAGCUCCUCGAUCUCUCCUAUAUCGAUUUUGACGACUACUUCAUCUCACCACCAAAUCUUGCGGACUCAAACCCCAACGUAGUGUACUUUUAUUGCAUCAUUAUACCUACCUAUAAUAUUGACACGAUAUUGACUACGUUCUUAACCCAUCUCGACGAAACACACCAUGAUUUCCGUAUUGAUACGGCUCCAUUGGCCGGGUUAGUCGGUUACGCUGUCUUCGGCUUUGGAGACCAAGAGGGGUGGCCAACAGAAGAGGAAGGGUUCUGUUCCCAGGCCAAAGAGGUGGAUAGAUGGAUGGCAAAGUUGACUGGUAAAAAGAGAGCUUACCCCCUCGGGUUUGGUGAUGUGAAAAGCGACGGAGGAAAUGCCCUGGAUGAAUGGUUCGAUGGGCUACGCGAAAUUUUGCAUGACAUGGUGGCCAACCAUGGAAGCCUAGGUGAAGGCAUCCUGGGUAGCGGAGAUCCAUUCGAAAGCGACGAAGAGGAUAUAGACGAUGAUGAAAGCUCAAAUGUCUCUAAGCGACAACGAACAGUUCCAACGACGAUUACCGAUCUGGAAGACAUUCUCGAAGGCGAUUCUCCAGGAAAAAUUAACAUGAUAUUACCAGUCGAUUUUACAACGUACGCGACAACAAAACCAUCGUCUGCCUUAUCCGUGGAUAAGGAGAUGGUACCCACUAACUCUCCUACCUACACCGCACUUUCGAAACAAGGCUACACCAUAGUCGGAUCUCAUUCUGGCGUGAAGAUUUGCCGUUGGACAAAGUCCGCUCUCAGAGGACGAGGUUCGUGUUACAAGAAUUCUUUUUAUGGAAUCAAAUCACAUCUAUGCAUGGAAACAACUCCAGCUCUAUCGUGCAGCAAUAAAUGCGUGUUUUGUUGGAGACAUGGCACAAACCCCGUAGGAACGACAUGGCGAUGGAAGGUUGAUCCACCCGAUCUCAUAUUCCAGGGUGUUAAAGAAGGCCAUUACAAAAAGAUUAAGAUGUUACGGGGAGUACCCGGUGUUCGCGCUGAAAGGUUUGCUGAGGCAAUGCGCAUUCGACAUUGUGCUUUAAGCCUUGUUGGUGAGCCGAUAUUCUAUCCUCAUAUCAACGAAUUUGUGUCGCUCCUCCACAAUGAGCAUAUAUCAAGCUUUCUCGUUUGUAACGCCCAGCAUCCUGAUCAGCUUGCUGCUUUGCAGCGAGUCACUCAACUCUAUGUGUCUAUAGACGCAAGCAAUCGUGACAGCCUACGAAAGAUCGACCGACCUUUGCAUCGGGACUUUUGGGAACGCUUCCAGCGGUGCUUGGACAUCCUGCGAGAAAAGAGACAUGUGCAGAGGACGGUAUAUAGGCUCACCCUUGUCAAAGGUUUCAAUAUCGAUGAUGAAAUUGUUGGAUAUGCAGAUCUUGUUGAAAAAGGAUUGCCUUGUUUCGUCGAAAUCAAAGGUGUGACAUAUUGCGGAACUAGCACCAGCGCCGGAGCUGGUUUGACCAUGAAGAACGUUCCUUUCUAUGAAGAGGUUGCUGCCUUUGCAGUUGGGUUGAAUGAUGAAUUGAAUAAUCGCAAUCUAGGAUAUGGAAUAGCAGCUGAGCACAGCCACAGCUGUUGUAUCUUGCUUGCGUCAAACAGGUUCCAUGCCAAUGGCAAGUGGCACACAAAAAUCAACUACGACCUCUUCUUCACCCUUUUAGAAGAGGAAAUCAAGAGCGGCAUCUCAUUCACGCCGGAGGAUUAUAUGAGCGAGACCGAUCACUGGGCACUGUGGGGAAAUGGAGGGUUUGACCCGAGUGAUGAGCGUGUGUAUAAAAAGGGUAAAUUCAAACGCAUUGCUGCCCAUAGUUGA